CAAAUUUUACUUCUCCGUUUGUCCGUAAAAAUGCAUUUCGACCAAGGAAAUGACGUUAUGUAUCGUGGCUAGUUUCGUAGUGUGCAAGUCACCUUCUCAAACGAGUGACAAAAUGAAAUUGUGGUUAGUAAUAGCCCAUAUUGUACUAGUUGCAACGAAUAUAUGGGCCACAGCACAUUUUCAUGAAGAACUUCCCGAAGAUAAAGAGUUCGCUGAAUUCGAAGACUUCGAAGAAGAGAAGCCAACUCAGUCAAUUAACAAUCAUGGUGCAGAACAUUUUAAGGAAUCCAAUCUCAAUCAAGAUUUCGAAGAGGAAGAUGUUUUGAUUGUUGAUAAUGAUAGUGAAUUUGAUCACUUUGACGAAGAAGAGUUUGAAGGGGUAGAUGCAGCGGGCGCAAAUAAUGGCCCGAAAAGCGACGAACCGUCUACGUUAACAAUUACAAAAAUACCGCUACAUUUGCGUGCAAGAUGGGAUAGUUUUUACUUAGAGAUACUAAUGAUCAUUGGGCUAUUAGUGUACUUUAUUAACUAUCUAGCAGGACGUUCAAAGAACGCUCGUAUAGCAGAAAUGUGGCUGCUGGAGCAUAGACAGCUAUUGCUCGAUAACUUUUCUCUUGUCGGUGAUACGGGGAAGUUAAACGAAGAUGUAUCUGAAAACGGUCUGGUAAAAGAGAGUCAAUCCCAUUACAGUUUGUAUUGUUCCGGAAGAGUUGGUUGUGAUUCCAUGUUAAUCGAGUUAAAACUAAUUAAAAGACAAGAUUUAGUGGCAGUGUUGGCGCAACUCGUGCGACCACAAAAUGAUCAAGCGCUUAUACGAAUAGAAUUAGCUAAAGAUGAAACGGAUAAUUUUGUGCUAGCGGUAGCUACGAAACGGACCGCGAUGCAUUUAACGCGCGAUAUGGCCGAUAUCAGUGUUUAUUGUCCAGAAAAGAGACCCGGAGAAAAAUUCGGUCUUCCAUCAGGAUUUUAUGUAAUGUCUGAAAUUGCUGAAGCAGCGUCAGCUAUUUUAGAUACAAGAGUUUUACAAGCAUUUACAAAGUUUGCACCAUACAUAGAUUAUGUACAUAUUAGUGACCAAUUUAGUGGUCCUAAGCAACAAGAAGACACAACUCAAUUAACAAUGCCUGAUGUAAAAAGAGUUUUACUUGUUGGACUAAAUAUAAGUAUUAAAGGACGUACUACUAACGCUGAGGGUCAAGAAAAAUUGAAACUUCUCUUACAACUAACAUUUUACUUGUUAGAUAAAUUACGUCGUUUCAAGCUAUCUAAAGAGGGUAAAAGUAAAGCAGAUAAAAAUAGAUUGAGAGUGGAGGAGGCAUUCUUGAAAACAACCCAUGCCGCUAGAGCCGAAGCAGCUGCGCAGAGGAGAGAAGAACGUCGCAGAGCCGAGAAGGAACGUAUCUUGCAGGAAGAGGAUCCUGAUAAGCAAAGGAAAUGGGAAGAAAAAGAACAACGAAGACUUACUAAAAAGAGAGCACCUAGAAUGAAGCAGCUUAAGAGUCUGAAGCCGCCUUAACGGAGGGAUUUAGGAGGACCAUCGGCUACACGACCCUCGUAAACUCGACGUACCGGUCACUUCAUGCUGGUAUCCUAAACUUUAUAACUUGGACGGGCGUGCAUUCCUCGAUCGUUCCUACUUUCUUUCCGUUUUUAUUCAUAAAAUCCUCGUUCCAGGAAUAAACCUCCACUUUCUUCCUUCUCCUUCGAACAAAUUAGAUAUCCGUUGCAGCCAAUCGAUCCUUAGAUUUAGGUCUCAUCAGUUUAAUCACGCCCACACUGAGGUAACAAAUUUUUGUAAGCAACAAAAUACGCUGAUCGGUCGAUACAGAGCACCUGUACUUGCAAUUACAAUACACACUAAUACACUCUCGAAUCGUAUAUCAUUUUUCACUCAGCUUCCUUAAUUUCCAACUUUUGUAGAUGUCCUAUUUUGGAAAGCAUUGGUACAUACCACAUCAAUACACUCAGACACAGCAUCGUGUCCAAGUAAACAAUCAAAAAAACCGACACGACUCAACAAAUACUAUAGAUAUUGUUCACGUGAGGUCUCCAUAAAUACUUAAAUUUCGGAACUCUAAUGUUAAUAGCAUUACAGACUAGAAAGUAUUCGAUGCAUGGAAAUCUUACAUCUUAUUCUUUAAUGCCAUAUUCAUGUAGGUUGAAUACUACAAAGAAGCAAUACGUGACAUUCUGUGAUAUUUAACGUUAUGAUUACUGUUACCAAAGUUAGGAAUUAUA